UACUGGAAGGAAGGGGGAGAGGCAGACUGCGGUGUUGUUAGUUUGAACAAAAUGGCUGAAGGACCGCUGUCACCGAGAGCUCACUGAACGCCCACCGCGACCGUCCCGCUCCGCAGUCCGGGUUUCCCCCGCGGAAUGAUUUUCCCUCGGAGCCGCAGCUCGGUUAGCAUUCCGGGGCAGCCCGCGCGGCGCUAGCCGUCCAGCCGGGGCAGCUUCAACUAAAACCAGUCUUUUUUUUGCACUUUAAAACAAGUUGCCUGGCUGGCGCGCGGACAGAGAACUCUCUCUCUCUCUCUCUGUCUGUCUCUCUCUCUCUCUGUGACGAUUUUUUUCUUUCUUUUACAAAAAACUGCCUAAAUUCUCCUGUUUAUUUUUAUUUUUUUUACGCCGACGGCUGAUAUUUUAACGGCAGCUUAAACCAUUUUAGCUGCUUUUUAAAGUCAGUCGUGUUAUUUUGUUUUGUUAUUAAUGGUGCUUUCACCUGACUUUAAAAAAAACGGUUGUUUUUCACUCCGUUGAAUCUUAAAUCGUGUUUUAUUUGACCGCUGUUUUUAUUUUUGGAUGCUUAAAGCAGAAAUUACCGUAUUAUCUGUGUGUUUCUGUGGCUGCGCAGCCGUUGUUUACCUCGGUAUCCUGCUUCAGCAGCGGUCCCGCUUUCAUUCCCACUAAAUCUCUGCACCAACGCUUUACGGGUAACUUUUUGAGGAAAAGAAAGCAAUUAAAAGAAAAAAAAAUGUUUUGUUUUUUUGCUUAUUUUCCUGCCAUACACCAAUUUUUUCACUGGAAGCGGCCAAAGCUGAUCUGAACGAAAGCUGAGGGAAGCGAGCAACACAAGGAAGAGAACCAUUUGAUGGAAGAGAAGAAAAAGAAAAAGCAAGAAGAAAAGAACAAGAAGGAAAUCACUCAGAAAAAGGCUGCUGAUCAGAAACCCAAAGUGCCAGAGGCUGUCCCCACUAAGCCCAGUCCUGGUUCAUCUCGCCACCUUCAAACCUCCAGCCCCACACUGCCCCUCUCCUCCUGUCCUCCUGCUAAUGCCAAGGGCCCCCCGUUGGGCAGCCAGGGCCUGACUCAGAACCCCCCUCAGCAGCAGAGCCAGUUGUCCUCUGCCGGUCCCCGCUACCCGCCCAGAGAGGUGCCCCCGCGCUUCCGUCAGCAGGAGCACAAACAGCUACUGAAGAGAGGCCAGCCGCUGCCUGCAGGAGCCCUGGGCGCUCUCACCCUCCCUCCUUCCUCUCCCUCAUCUUCCUCAGCGCCUUUGUCCUCGUCUUCUACGACUUCCAAGAGCGCUGCCCCAAACUCUGCCACGUCCGCUCCAAGCAAACACAGCCCAGACAUAUCCCUACUGAGCAGCUGUGGUACCCAGUAUGCUAGGUCUCAUUGGGGAGCCUCUGUACCUGUUGAUGGACCUUCCAGUGGCAAGAGCUGGGACAAAGUGAUCAUUGACGGAAGUGAUAAAGAAGCUUGGCCCUCCAUUAAUCGUGAUAUAGACUCUGGACAGCCAGCGAUUCCAGAAUGUUCCUUGGGCUCAGCUAGCUCUAAACUGGACACCAGUGCUGUCACUUUGAGUAGGAGUGGUCUUCUGAGUAUGGCCGCAGGUGCUACUGGCCAGCAGGCCUACUAUAACUCUCUAAAACCAAACAGUAACAUGACGGGACCUGUGUCAGCCAGCACAUUAGCGGCUAGUAGAGGCUGGGGCUCAGAUGUCAAACAAGAGGCCAUGAAUGGUGGAAGAGUAGCAGCCCCCAGUAACUGGGGAUCCUCUAAUUAUAACUUGAACCUCAACCCCAAUGCCAACCCAUCAGCUUGGCCUGUUCUGGGACAUGAAGGUGGGGCGGGAGGUAUUAAUGGCCCCAGCUCUUCCUCCCUACCAAUGGGCAUGAACGGGAAUGCAGACAAUGGUGGGGGGGGUUGGGGCAGCAUGAUAAGUGCUAAUGACAAUGAUCAGCAGCACCUUUCAACCAACAAAAAUCUAUCUCUCAACAUGGAGCCUGCUAACCUUAACACUGAUGGACCAAACUACACUAAACAACAACCAGCUCAGGAGCCAAUGAGCCCCAUCCACGGUCUGACUGGCUGGGGUGGUCAUUCACCCACUGAAUCUUCCCAGCUCAGUGGGGACACGACAGGCAGCUCCGUGUGGGGUGGAGAAGAAAACAAGGUGACCGAGUCCCCCAAAGACUCAGGCUGGGACUCGUCUCCUGGAGGCCUUUCUGCCUGGGGCCGUCAAGGCAGCGGUGGUGGGAGUAGUGGCAGUGGAGGCUGGGGAGACUGGGGAAAAUCCCCCGGGGCUGGUGAGGUAUCCAAAGGCUGGGACUCAGGGGAUGCUGGUACUCCUGUUCUAGGCCAAGAGCAGCCAAUGAGCUCUUGGGGCAAACAACCAGGAACAGCUCCAGCCAGCGAGGAUAGCGGUGGUAGCAGUGAAGGGCGAUCCCGCCGCAGAGACAGAUCCUCCAGUAUGGAUUUUGGCCCUCUGCUUCCCCGGCAGGACUUAGACCCCCGAGUGCUGAGUAACUCGGGUUGGGGCCAAACCCCCGUCAGACAGCACACUGUAUGGGAGAUGGAAGAAGCCAAUUCUGAUGACGGAAAGAGCAAUAGCAGCUCAGACACCAUGGGAUCCUCCAGCUCCAAUGGUGGACCAUCAUCAACCAACGGGGGUGCUAUCAACCCAAAUGUUGGGACCAGCCAGAGGCCUGGAUCUGGAGGAAAAAGAGACAAUGAAGGUUCAUCCUCCUCUGGUUGGGGGGCUCCUCCACCGCAGCCAAUCCAAACUGGAUCAGGAUGGGGGGAACCCCAACCUUCUGUAACCAAAGUCCCAAACGGCUCAGCCUGUGGCUGGGGAGACCCUCCACCCUCCGGUGGUUCAAGAAAUGAGGUCACAUCAUCCUGGGGUUCGGAUAAGUCCUCUAACUGGGAUGAUGGUAUGAUGAAGAACAAGUCUAGCAACUGGGGAGAAGGCCCCAAAACCCCCCACGGCUGGGGCAACAAUAAUGGGGGAUCCAAUGGGGACUGGGGAGCGCCAGACAUCAAGAAAAAUGGUUCCUCCUGCAACAUGUGGGACGGAGAAGAAGGAAAUAGGGAAACCAGCGGAUGGAAUGCAAGCCCAAGAGGAGAAAACAGAGGAGGCGGGAACUGGGGGAAAUCCACUCCUCCUGUGAGCAGCGGUAACUGGGGAGAGAGCCAACGUUCCAGUGGCCCAGUGCAGGGAGGCUGGAGCUCCUCCAAGCCCCAGGAAAGCAGCAGCAGUGGCAGCAGUACUGGCAGUGGAGGAUGUAUCAGCAUUGGUUCCUGGGGUGGUCCUGGCUCUGUGAAACAAACCAACUCUGGCUGGGGAAACGCUGGCAAACCGGAGCCGGGCAUGGAGCCCACCGGUUGGGAAGAACCCUCUCCUCCCUCCGUCCACCGGAAGAUGGAGAUCGAUGACGGAACGUCAACCUGGGGAGAUCCCAACACCUAUAGCAAGACAGUCAACAUGUGGGAUCGCAACAAUCCCAACAAUAACCCCAACCACAGCGGCCCACCGCCCAGCAAGAACGGUGCAAUAACUAUGAUCAAUAAUAACAACAAUCAUUCUCACCACAUGCACCACCAUUCCCUCAACGGCCAACCCCCAAGUCGCAUGCUGCACCAAGGAAACAACAAUGGGUCACCAAACGGUGCUGCCUCGCAUCCCGCUGGGGGGCCACAGGGUAGACCACCACUCGCCAAUCCAGGUUGGGGAGAGCUCCCCAGUGUCCAGCCCAAGUCGGAGCAAGCAUGGGGAGAGCCAGCAGCUCCGACUUCAGCUGUUGACAAUGGUACAUCUGCUUGGGGUAAACCCCCAGGUGGUCUUGGAGGAUGGGGAGACGGUGGCCAUGAGCCAUCUGGCCCGUAUGUCCGGUCGAAUGGACCCACAGGUUCUGCACCUUGCAAGUCAGGCCCCAAACCUAUGCAAGAUGGCUGGGGAAAUGGAGAGGAAAUGAGCAUGUCUACCAGCCAGUGGGACACUGAAGAUGGGGACGUAUGGAACAGUCCAGCGUCACAGGACAGCAGCUCCUCCUGUAACUCCUGGGGCAACGGACUCAAAAAGUGUCCAAGCAAGGGGAAAAUCGGCAGCAAGCAAGAUGAGACUUGGAUCAUGAACCGCCUCAUUAAACAGCUGACUGACAUGGGCUUUCCGAGAGACCCUGCUGAGGAGGCCUUGAAGAGCAACAACAUGAACCUUGAUCAAGCCAUGACUGCUCUCCUGGAGAAGAAGACAGACCUGGACAAGCGAGGCUUGGGGAUAUCCGACUACAGCAACGGCAUGAACAAGACCUUGGUGUGUCGGCCCUCCGCACUCUCCAAAGACCUCUCUGACCGCAACGCAUUUCUUGACAAGGAUGGCGUCCUGUCGGAUGACGCUCCUCCAUCACCAUUUUUGCCUUCCCCCAGCCAGAAGCUCCCCCUGGCCAACAGUAGCCUUCCUGGGCAGGGUUUGGGGCAGGGCAAUCUGGGGCUGGCCAUGCAAAACUUGAACAGCAGACAGAUACCCAAUGGAAUGUUUGGCAGCAAUGGAGCAGCACAAGCCCGGGCCAUGCAGCAGCAGCAGCCUCCUCAGCCACCAGUGCCACCUCUCAGCUCCUCCCAGCCUGGUCUACGGGCUCAAGUGCCUCAGUUUCUCUCCCCUCAGGUCCAAGCACAACUCUUGCAGUUUGCAGCAAAAAACAUUGGUCUUAACCCUGCACUUUUAACCUCACCAAUAAACCCUCAACAAAUGACCCUGUUGUAUCAACUACAGCAACUGCAAAUGGCGUACCAGCGUUUACAAAUCCAGCAGCAGAUGAUGCAGGCGCAGCGCAAUGUUUCCGGCCCCAUUAGGCAACAGGAGCAGCAAGUCGCACGUACAAUCACCAACAUGCAGCAGCAGAUCCAGCAGCACCAGCGCCAGCUGUACCAGGCGCUGCUGAUCAAGCAGCAGCAGGUCCCCUCCCAUUCCUCCUCGUCCUCCGCUGGUCUACACCCCCAUGGUGGCCCCCCCGGAGUUCCUGGCUCCGGGAAAUCAACCCUGGACCCUUUUGGAGGCCCCCACCAAACUCGGGGCCUCGCUGACACACUGCACACCAAAGAGCCUCCGUCUUCGCCCAAUGCCUACAGCACCUACCCUCUUUCUGGACUGAAUCCAAACAUGAAUGUAAACGGCAUGGACGUUGGAGGCUUGUCCCUGAAGGAGCCCCCCCAGCCCCAGUCUCGCUUGUCCCAGUGGACACACACCAACUCCAUGGACAACCUCUCUGGCAACUCUUCAAAUCUGGAGAAUAACUUUAAUAAUAAGCAUGGUGCCAUGUCUGCUGCCUCCACCAUCGGACCGCCUGGGAAGCCCCCCCAGAUGGAGGACUCGUACAGCCCUUACAAUCUAAUCUCCAACUCAGAGUCCCCCAGCAGUCCCCUGGUGCCCCCCGACAGCUGGGGCCAAGGAAAGAGCCCAAAUGAAAAGAUCUCAAAUGGGGCCAAUAUCAACUGGCCUCCAGAGUUCUGCCCAGGAGUCCCAUGGAAGGGCCUUCAGAACAUUGACCCUGAGAAUGACCCCAACAUGACCCCCGGCAGCGUCCCCAGCGGUCCCACCAUCAACACCAACAUCCACGACGUCAACCGCUACCUGCUGCGGGACCGUAACGGAGGGAAACUGACUGAAAUGAAGUCCACCUGGUCCCCGGGGCCCAUCGCUCAGAACCAAGCUUCUCUGUCCCAUGAGUUGUGGAAAGUUCCUCAGGGGCCGCGCAGCACCGCCGCCCCGUCCCGGCCGCCGCCCGGUCUCACCAGCACCAAACCCUCCUCCACCUGGGGCGGGAACUCUUUGGGGCUGGCUCAAGGCUGGAGCGCCGCCUACUCCUCAGAGGGAAACGCAUGGAGCACCGACAGCCCCAACAGGACCAGCAGCUGGCUAGUGCUGAGAAAUCUCACCCCACAGAUUGAUGGCUCCACCCUGAGGACUCUGUGCAUGCAGCACGGCCCCUUGAUCACAUUCCACCUCAACCUGACUCAGGGGAACGCCGUGGUGCGCUACAGCUCCAAGGACGAGGCGGCCAAGGCCCAGAAGUCCCUGCACAUGUGCGUCCUUGGAAACACCACCAUCCUGGCCGAGUUCGCCGGGGAGGAGGACAUCAACCGCUUCUUUGCACAAGGCCAGUCACUGGGAGCCAACACCACCAGCUGGCACGCCAACCCGGGAAGCAAUCAGGAUCGGAUGGGCGGGGCGGCCCAGUCACACGCCAUCGGCCAGUGGAGCAGCGGCGGCAGCGGAGGGAAGGCCAGCGGGAGCGAUCUGCUGUGGGGGGGAGUGCCCCAAUACUCCAGUCUGUGGGGGCCGCCCAACGGAGAGGACGCCCGCGUGAUCGGGAGCCCCACCCCUAUCAACACCCUGCUGCCUGGAGACCUGCUGAGCGGGGAGUCCAUGUAGGAGGGGGGGGGG